AUGAUAUUAAAUUCUGAAACGAAUACAGACGAAAUAUCCGACGAAUAUAUCUUUGAAGGAGAAUCAUUUAGAUGUCGAUUAAGUUUUUAUGGGCGAGGACAAAAUGCAAGUGCACCAACACUUGUUAAUAAUAGAACAAAUUUGCAUAAAGGUGAUUUAUUUGUUAUUAAUUUAAAUGAUGAAGGUACACAAAAACUUGUUAUGGAAGUUGAUGAAGAACGUUCUGCUACAGCAGCACAUCCAGUCGAAAUGCAAGUUAAAGAACAAUAUUUAAGUCGAGGUGAUAUGUGGCGAUUUUCUCGUAAAUUAAAAAUUUUAUGUAGUGCUAUGGUUUAUGGUUUAUGGGUCGAUGCAGCACCAUAUCGUGUCUCUUCUGGUUAUAUAACAAAAGAUACAAAAAUUGUAUUUCGCUCAUUGAGUGCUUGUUGUACAAUAUUUUUACAAAUGUCAAAAGAAAUGUGGGAUUUUGAUCAUCAUGGUGAUACAUAUUAUGAAAAAGCUGUUGAUGGUUUUCUUGCUGAUUUAUUUACUCGAUGGAAGUUAAUGAGUUGUCAACAUGAUGUAACAAUGACUUUAUUUUCAAGAGUAUUUUAUGAUGCAAAAUCUUUAGAAGAUUUUCCACAAAGUUUACGUGAAGAUAUUAAUAAAGAUUAUCGUGGAAGAUUUUAUGAAGAUUUCUAUCGUGUUAUCUAUCAAAAUGAACGUUAUGAUGAUUGGUCACCUCGUUUAGCAAAAAUUAAAAAAGUACUUGUUAAUUACAAGGAAGAUCUUCUGACUUAUCAUAAAAAAAAAUUACCUGAAGCUGAAGCUGAUAAAAUGCCUAAUGGCAUUAUAUCAUGUGCAGCUGAUGGAAAUUUUCUAGAAACAUUAAAUUUAUCAUCGAGUGUGAUUGAACGUCAUUUUAUUGAUCAACCAUUUGAUCGUCUAGGACAAAUGUCAUUGGUUAUAACGCCUGGUGCUGGUGUAUUUGAAGUUGAACGUGAAUUAACAAAUAUGACUAAACAACGUGUAUUAGAUAAUGGAAUUGGAAGUGAUCUUGUGUGUUUAGGUGAACAACCAUUAUUUGCUGUACCACUUUUUAAAUUUUUUAAAGAAAAUCCAAAUACAGCUGAUGAUUAUCAAAUACCACAUUGGAUGAAUUUAAGUUAUUAUCAUCGUUCAACUGCACCAUCAUGUUUUUCAAGUUAUAUUCCACGUUUACCAUUUGAUAAAAAUCGAAUCAAAGGUGGAAUGUUAGAUGUUAAAAAUAUUAUGAAUUCAAUUCCAGAAGAUCCAUUUACAAAACCACUACAUAUGUCAAUGGAAGAAUAUGAUGAUCAAGUAUUUCGAAUACACACUAAAUUAUUAACAAAAGAUAAUUGUCCAGAUAGAUCAAACAAGAAUGAAACUCGAAUAUCUCGAAGACGAUAUAUUACUAUGGAUCCGAUAUGCUCACAAUCAAUCCAAGAAGAAGAAGAUUCUUUACACGAACAAAAUGGACUUUUAAUUAUAAAAAAAAAUACUCAAUUAAUAUCUGAAGUUCAAGAUUAUCCACGACCUUAUAAUGCACAUAUUAAAGAUGAUAUAUUUCUUUCAACAUCACAUGGAAUAGCAUCAUCAAGUGUUACUAACAAUUAUCAAUUUCAUAAUACAUUUAAUCCGUCAUUCCAAAUUUUAUUUUCUAAUCCACAAAGUUUAUUACGUGUUGCAAAGAGUGCUGAUACAUAUUUUUUAUCAUCAAGUAUAUUUGCUCGUAUACAAGCACGACCUAAAGCAUUAAUAAAUCCAUUUGCACCAGCCAGUAUUCGAAUACCAAUGGCACCAGGACGACGUCGAUGGGCACAUACAUUUCCUAUGGGUCCACAUAAAUUACCAUGGCAUUUUCAUCAUUUACGGCAAACGGAAAAUAAAACAAAACAAGAAAUGUCUGUUGGUGUUUCUGCAUGUGUUCAUCUUGUACUUCCUGGUACAUCAAAAAGACUUCUAAAUGGUCUUGUGUCAAAACGAACAAGACAACGUGUAAAAAUACGUAGUGAUUCAUCUUCUCGACGUAACCGUAUUAUUAGUCCGUCCAAUUAUGAAAUCAAACGUAAUUCAUCCGAACGAAAAGAUAGUGGUAAUGAUGAGAAUCGAACAAAUGUUAGUGGUAAUACGAGAAAAAAAUCCGGUACCGAUGGUCCAAUGAAAUCAUCAACUUCUAAAAGAGAAAAAAAAGAAGCAAUUAUUUGGGGACCAACUGGUGUUGAACCAUGGAGUGCAUCAAUGAUAACUGGUAUCGAUUGGAAAUCAUUAACUAUACCAGCAUCACUUCCGAUAACAGUUGAUGUUACACCUUCAGCUGAAGAAUUGCAACGUGAUUAUACACAUAAUUCAUAUACACUUAUUCAUGCUAUACCACCACAAAAUGAAUUUGAUAAAAAGAAAAAAUAUAUUCAGAAUGGUAAUGUUAAUAAUGAAAACCAAAUUCCAUGUGAUAAUAUGGAACGUCAAAAAAUAACUUUUGAUGAAUUAAUUGAUCAACGAUUAUCACAGGGUUUUCAAAUGAUCAUUGAAAUUCCUGGUCAUAUUCAUCAAAAAAUGAUUGAAUCAAUUCGACGUGCUGGUUAUAAAGAAACGGAAUAUAAUCGUUUACUAAGUAUUGGUAGAAUUUAUCAUACAUUAAGUCUUGUUCGAGAAGAAAAUCAAUCACAAGAUACUGUUGUUAUUUAUGUUCAACAACAUAAACCACAAUAUGUUUUUCAACCGAAACCUGUUCGUUAUAAAUAUCGUUUUCAAUGUCCAGAUUCAUCAGAUUAUGAUCCAGCAUGUUAUCAAUUACAACUUGAAAGUUUAGAGUCAUUUUUAUGGAAUUUAGUUGAUAUCGUUGUUGGAAAUCAUGGUACAGGUGAUCAUAAACUAUCAGAUUUAAUGAAAUAUUGGCAUACACGUCUUGUACUUAUGCCUGCAUCUAAAGAUUAUACUAUAAAAAAUAUAGAAUCUGGUCAAACAAAAUGUGAUAGUCGUGAAGAAAUGUCACAUGAAGAUUUUUUUCUUUAUGUUGAACAUUUUGUUCGAUUUUUAUUUAUGCUUAAUAAACUUACACGAUUACCUAUGCUAUUAAAAGAAUGUUCACGUCGACCUCUAGAUCCAUUAACGGGUAAAAAACGAAUGGAUCCUCCAAAACGACAAGGAAAAAAUUUAAUUCCAACUCAAAUGUUUCGAUUAGCUAAUAUAAUGUCCGACGAUAUAAAUUCAAUAAAUAAUUUAUUAAAUUUAUUUCAAGAUGAUCAACAAGGUUUAUUAUUUGUUAAAGAUGCAGUUUUGCCAGAGUAUACAUUUAUUGCAAUUGAAGCUAUUUGGUGGUCUAUUGAACAUGGUGAUGAUAUAGAAAAUGAACAAACAGCUACGCGUUUGUUUCAAUAUUUAUUUACAAAUGGAUAUAUUCGACAUUGUACAAAUAAAGAAAAUAAUUUUCGUUUUGGAUUUUUUCUUUAUUACAUCGUGACAGAAAAGACAAUAAAUUUUCGUCUCGAAUCAAAUGAUUAUGCUGAAGUUGAAUUUCAUCAAACACAAACAUACAUUCCAUCGAUGGAUUAUUUAGGUUUUGGUGAAUGUAAACCAAUGCGUUUGUUACCUAAAUUAAUUGAUAAUCCACCCGUAAAACCUAAAAAACAACGAUCUACAUCAAAUGGAAUUAAUUUUUCUUCUCCUUUAAAUACAAAUAAUAGUAAAAUACAAACUCCAUCAAUAGUUCUUAAACGUGAUUGUAAUGUAGAUGUUGAUUCAAAUCAUAUAUCAGAUAGACAUGAAUGGGCAACAGCACAUUAUCAUUCAUUUUAUAAUCCGCAUUGUUUAUUUGAGCUUGAAAUUCGUUGGCUUGUUGCAACAUCAUGUAUACUUGGAGAUUUAAUUACACGAUGGUCACAAUGUACAGGAAUGAUGCUUGGAUCAAAUCAAGUCGCAUUUCAUCUUGUACCAGUUCCGUGUGAUCCUUUUGCUGAAUUUGAUGCACUUAGAGGUCCUAUUUAUAUCAAAAUGAAUUCAUCAUGUCUACGCGAUAAACUUGCGGAUCUCCCCGAAACAAAUCAAGUUCAUCGAAUAAACAUCUUUCAAGAACUCAUCUUACAACGUUAUGGCUUUAUUUUAAAUGCAUGUGUUAGUUAUAAAAAUGAAAAUAUUUACUAUGUUCAUAUUAGUGGUGGUAUGCUGGUUUAUAUUAUAUCCGAUGUUUAUAAUGUUCAUUAUAACAGUCAAACCACACGUAUUAUAUCAAAUAGAGUUACAGCUGAUAGUGAAUUAUCACCAUUAGAUUGUGGAUUCUAUUGGUGUUGGAAUUUUUGUUUAGGAAAGAAAUGGCGUAGUUCACAAACAGGUGAAGAAAAAUAUCAAGAUAUUAUGUUAGCAGAUUUUCGGGCAUUUUGUGAUAAUGAUAACAAUCGUUUGGUUAAUUUUUGGAACGAAACAAAUGAGAUGGCAAAUAAAAAAAUGACUGAAAAAGAGCAAGAAUUACGUAAUGAGGAUUAG